AUGGAAAAUACAAGAAGCCGGGUAUGCUCCACGCUUGGGCAGGCCUAUAAGAUAAUUGGAACCUCUCCUUUGAUUCCUGUGUUCCUGUCUCUCACAUAUUUCACAAAGGGGAUAAGGACAGAGUAUUAUACCUAUGGAAUAAUUGCAUCUGGAAUACUCCUAGGGCUAUCUUUAUACAUAAUAGAGUAUGUAGGAAAGAAAAGAGGCGAAGAGGAUGUGAAGUCCUUGGGAGAUAUAUCGAGGGGGUUUUCAAGAUUUUUAUCGGAAGCCGUUGAUGUGUUUGUUGUGGCCUCGAAGUACACAACUCUUCUUAUUACUGUGGAUGUGUUUUUCAACGUGCUCUUCAUCUACUUUCCAUUCUUGGACGAAAUAAGAAAGUCGAUGGCCAUAUACAAGAUACUGUUUGGGCUGGGAUUAGCACUGGUGGGUCUAACUCUAUAUGUCUUUUCCACAUUUACUAGGAAGAUAUUUCUAGUUGCCUCUGCAUCUGCAAGCAUUAUGUUUGUAGCUGCUCUAGUUAUUGGAUACUUCUUGGGGAUGAACUCGGCCCUCCCAAAGCCAUCGUACUUCCAAAGAAACAUGCUCCCGUCAUUCUUUUGGGUAACCACUAUAGCAUUUUAUACAAUGGAGUUCAUAUCCGGAGGCGCAAAGAUCGUAGGAGCGUCGGGACAUGGAGAGAAUGGUAAGUAUGUGGCCAUCUCUACCACGCUAGCUGUUUCUGGAAUUUAUCUGAUUCUAUUACAUUCCGCAGGAUGGAUAAGGUCGAGCCACAACUCUCUGGACAUCCUAAACCUCAUAUUUCUCAAGUCAUCCAGACUAAACAACUACCUAAAAAAGUAUACAAUUGAUAAGUAUUGCAUCACAACCAAGGCUAUGUGCAUACUUAUCCCUAUCAUAUGUAUCUCGCUGUUUGUGAUACAGUUUGAUGGGUUUAUUGAGUCCUUCAAGAACUUGGUGAAUGCAGAAAGCGAUAACAGGCUGUGGAUGCUAUCUCUCUUUAUGCUGAGCGCGGUUUUUAUACAAGUCCUAUUCAACGAGGUAAUCGGAUCUUUCCAUUUCUACUUGGUAUUGAUCGUGAUAGGAGUAACUCCUCUAAUGGUAUAUCAUCCGUUUAUAUGCUAUAUCUUUGCAUCUCAGAAGAUUAGAUUCUUUACAGCAGUCUGCAUUCUUGCCAUGAUAUUUACAAGUGCAGCCCUAGUGGGAACCGUAAGGACGCUAAUAGAUAUUCUACAGAAGAAUUAG